CAUCGACACCGCUGGAAGUAGCACUGCACGGCGGAGUGCGGUCGUGUGAUUCGACACUCGUGAUCUCCUUGUAAUCCAAUACCGACCAAACAACGCCCUGUCUGGCUUUCUCCUCCUCAAUUAGCCUACUUGGUGUAGCUCGCCGGUGACCUGGGAGAACACUGGAGCCAAAAUCUGAUCUUCCCCAAUGUCAUGGAUAAAAAAAGACGUUUCUGCUGGAGUUACAGAUAGCAUGAAAAAGAAAGGGAGCCGCAGCGGCGCCUCUUCCACCGUCGCUGCUGCCGCUGCCAGCCCCGGCUGCUUUGCCUUUGCUACCGCUGCCAUCCACUCGGGAUUGGGUUCGAAACCGGGCGCAGGCGGCAGCGCUAGUGUUAUGGACGAGGAGGAGGAAGGCGAGGAGGAACCCGGGCUGCAGCCGCAGCCACGCCGGGGAGAUGGCCGAGGCAGUGGCGGUGGAGACAGCAUCAGACUGAGGAACAUCAUACCAGGAGGGGGAGCCGCGCCAGCAGCGAGCAACAGCUCCAGCAACAAUAAGCUGUGCCUCUUGCAAGGCGAAGGAGCUGCGUCGAGUGCUGCCUCUCUUGCUGCUUCUCGCACGACCCCUGCUUGCCAGGGUGAUGCUGUUGGCUGUGCUGGGGGAGUUGGUGGGAGAGGGGGAGGAGGGGACUCAACCACAGCUGUGCUAGCAGCGGCAGCCGAGACCAGCACUAGCAGGAGUAACAGUGCCGCUAGCACGGGCACGAAAUGCAACAAAAACGGAGACUGCAUCCGAGAUCAAAGCACCGGGAGCUUGUCUUCCAUCAUCUCUAAGCAGGACAGGCAGCAGGGAAGGGGUGGAGGAGGAGAAGAGAGAAAAAAACAGGGUGCUUCCCCCAAAACCAGUGUUACCAGUAUGGAAGGGGCGACCACCACCACCACUACUACCACCACUGCAUCCUCAUUGAAUCAGGGUCAGGGUGACGAGCAGCCCCCUGCCCCCGCUAUUGUCCCGGAGAAAAGGGAACCCAAGGUGUCCUUUUCCAAUGCGCCAAGCAGGAAAGCGUCCUCGUCCGUGUACGGCCAGAAUCAAUCGCAGGCGCCACCGCAGCCUCAGCAGGACGACCAGCCCAGGAAUUCUGUCACCGUUCUCAAAUCCGACGAAUUCGCCCAGAUCUUAGCCGACGAUGGGGAUCCAGGAGGCAGCCAGGGGAGCUUCAUGCAGCGGCAGUUCGGGGCCAUGCUGCAGCCCGGAGUUAACAAAUUCUCCCUGCGGAUGUUCGGGAGCCAAAAGGCGGUGGAGAAGGAGCAGGAGCGGGUUAAAUCCGCCGGGGCUUGGAUCAUCCACCCGUACAGCGAUUUCAGGUUCUACUGGGACUUCACGAUGCUGCUGUUCAUGGUGGGGAACCUCAUCAUCAUCCCCGUGGGGAUCACCUUCUUCAAAGACGAGACCACCGCGCCCUGGAUUAUCUUCAACGUGGUCUCGGAUACCUUCUUCCUCACGGACCUGGUGCUGAACUUCCGCACGGGCAUCGUCAACGAGGACAACACCGAGAUCAUCCUGGACCCCCGGAAGAUCAAAAAGAAGUACCUGAAGACCUGGUUCGUGGUGGACUUUGUCUCCUCCAUCCCCGUGGAUUAUAUCUUUUUGAUCGUGGAGAGGGGGAUCGACUCCGAGGUCUACAAAACGGCCCGGGCGCUGAGGAUAGUCCGCUUCACCAAGAUCCUCAGCCUCCUGAGACUGCUGCGUCUCUCCAGGCUCAUCCGAUACAUCCACCAGUGGGAAGAGAUCUUCCACAUGACCUAUGACCUGGCGAGUGCAGUGAUGCGGAUUUUCAACCUGAUCGGCAUGAUGCUGCUGCUGUGCCACUGGGAUGGGUGCCUGCAGUUUCUCGUUCCCAUGCUCCAGGAAUUCCCCAGCGACUGCUGGGUCUCCUUGAACAAGAUGGUGAACGACACGUGGAGUGAGCUGUACUCCUUCGCACUCUUCAAGGCCAUGAGUCACAUGCUGUGCAUCGGCUACGGCCGGCAGGCGCCCGAGAGCAUGUCUGAUAUCUGGCUCACCAUGCUCAGCAUGAUCGUGGGUGCCACCUGCUACGCCAUGUUCAUCGGCCACGCCACGGCGCUCAUCCAGUCCCUCGACUCCUCCCGCCGGCAGUACCAGGAGAAGUACAAGCAAGUGGAGCAGUACAUGUCCUUCCACAAGCUGCCUGCCGACUUCCGCCAGAAAAUCCACGACUACUACGAGCACCGCUUCCAGGGGAAGAUGUUUGAUGAGGAGAGCAUCCUGGAAGAACUGAACGAGCCGCUGAGAGAGGAAAUCGUGAACUUUAACUGCCGGAAGCUGGUGGCGUCGAUGCCCCUGUUUGCCAACGCGGACCCCAACUUCGUGACGGCCAUGCUGACCAAGCUACGCUUCGAGGUGUUCCAGCCCGCGGACUACAUCGUCCGAGAGGGCACCAUUGGCAAGAAGAUGUACUUCAUCCAGCACGGCGUGGUCAGCAUCCUCACCAAGGGCAACAUCGGCAUGAGGCUCUCUGACGGGUCCUACUUCGGAGAGAUCUGCCUGCUGACACGAGGACGCCGCACAGCCAGCGUCCGGGCUGACACAUACUGCCGCCUCUACUCCCUCUCCGUGGACAACUUCAACGAGGUGCUGGAGGAGUACCCCAUGAUGAGGAGAGCCUUCGAGACCGUGGCCAUCGAUCGACUCGACCGCAUAGGUAAGAAGAACUCCACCCUGAUGCACAAGGUGCAGCAUGACCUCAGCUCGGGCGUCUUCAACAACCGCGAGAACGAGAUGAUCCAGGAGAUCGUAAAGUACGACCGCGAGAUGGUCCAGCGGGUGGAGCUGCAGCGGCCCAGGGCCAUGUCCAUGACGCCCCCCCUCCACGGGGCAAUGUUCGGCUACCCUGGUCAGCCCCAGAGCAGCUCUGCCAUCGCCACGCUGCAGCAGGCCGUAGCCAUGAGCUUCUGCCCCCAGAUGGUCAGCCCUCUCGUGGGGCCGGGGGUUCUCCAGUCCCCCCGCAUGGUCCGGCGCUUCCAGGUGGUGCAGAGCAUCUCCAGCCCCGUCUCGGUGUCUCCCCUCCAGUCCCAGCAGAUGUCGGCCGGGGCCUUAGCUUCGGCCGUCUCCAGCCCGCCUGUCCAGAGCCCCCUGGCGGCUGGAGGGCGAACUUUCCAGUACAGCUCCAGCCCCGGCCAGUCUGGUUCCCAGCUCUCCCUGGUCCAGCAGCGUGCCCCCAGCCCUCCCCAACGCCCAGCCGCCCACAAGAGCACCCAAGCCUUGCACACGGGCAGCUUGAGCCAAGAGGCCAGGCUGCUCUCCGCUUCCCAGCCAUCCCUCCCCCAAAACGGGUUCCAGGCAGCAGCAGCCCCUAGCCCACCACAGUCCACCCGGGUGUCGUCCACCUCCAUCGGCCCCCCGCAGGUUCACCCUGGCACCCCGGGCUCCUCCGGGCUCAGGGGGCCCCAGAGGGCAGUCUUGCCCCACCAGAUGUCAGUAGGGCUAGGGGGGGUCAUCUACCCCUCUACACCGCCCCCUGCUGGGGCUUCACCCAUGGGGCACCAGGACUCAGGAACACCCAAGAAGGAUUCGGUGGUUAGCAUCCCAGACACAGACUUGGUCAAAUCUAGGCUCUCUUCCAAUUUGUGACCUUGAGUGUUUUUAGGAGUCUUGGUUGAGAGCUGCGGGUUGUGUUUCGUUGACCCCCUCCCCCUCCCCCUCCCCUGUAAAUCUUCAAUCAGAAUGUAUGCUGAGUGAGUGGUGGGAGGGGGCAAAAGAAUCAGGAAAUUCAGAAGGACCUGCUUAACUAAGGAUUCUUACUCGAUACUAAGUGUACAAAAUAACGUGGGAUGUUUCUACUCCACAGACUCCAUACGUAGGCUCACGGUACAUAGUAGUAGACUCACCCCCCCCCCCAUUCUGUCCCCCCCAUUCUGUCCCACCCCUGAAUUUAGCUUUAUUUACUGUAAAGUGGAUUUACAAAACACAAAAUAAUGUAUCUGUUAAAUAUUGUAUAGAGUCAAAACCAUGCAAACUGACGUGAGCUGGUCGAAAAAAAAAACUAAAAGGGUAAUCAGGGACCUGCUUUGAAGACAACGGAGCCGCUUUGCAAAGUGUAUUGAGGUGUCCUUUUCUGCAUAAACAAGCUAAAUAGCUAGGUGUUCUACUCAUGACGCUGUUAUAAUAGUCUGGUUUUAGAAGAAAAAAAAAAAAAGCUGAUAGUCUUUUAGACCGCUGGUCGAUCUUACAUCGAUUAUUAUAAAAAAAAAAAAAAAAAAAAAAAAAAUUAUAUAAAAAAAAAAAAAAACUUUAUUUAAUCUUUGUUGUACCUUCACAAGACCAAAGCUGAGCUUAAACACAAUGUUUGGGGUUUCUUCGUCAACUAAAAAAUGGCAUUUAUUUGACUGCCUUGAUUCCGACUGCGAUCGACUUUAGAAGCCAUAUUGUUAGUCCAUCUGUGCGUGUGUACGUGUGUUGGUUUAACCACGCUUUUCAUGAGCUGAGAUUUAACUCCGGGAGUAUCUUACCAGGAAGCUUCCAUUGGUUUUUUCAAAGAGAAAAAGCUGGUUGUCAGGUUUCCAAUAGGUUAUCUGAAUACCGAUUGAUGGAAAUUAAAAAUUGAAAUAAGCCACAAAAAAAUAAACUAAUUUAAUGUGAACGUGGUUUAUUUAAUGAAUAUUAAGUGCAGUGGCUGAAAGACACUUCGUCAGAAAGUUUGACUACUUUUUAGUACCCCACUGUCGAUUAAGUCAGAAAGCAAAUACUGUAACCUGUUCAAAUAAAUGCAUAAAAACAACAACCUAUUGAAAACAUUGCAAGCAGAGUUUUUUUUUUCCCCCAAGCUGUUUGUUCCUGGAGUGAACGAUCCCCCCUCCCCGAUAAAUAAAAUCCUGCAAUCAAAACACAGGUGAGGGUGGAGGGACGCGCCACUGCAAUGCUUUCUCAGCAAGGGUCCUUGUUUGAUGAACUGGUUUUGAUUAAGCGGUUUCAUGUACGUCAGCGUGGGAUGCAGCACGUUUUUGAACUCAAUUGGAAAUCGUGUGUGAGUACGUGCGCGCGUGUGGGCGUGCGUGUGUCUUCACACAUAAAAGCAGUUUAUUAUUUAUUUUCUUUAUGAGAGCAACAUAAGUACAAUGAUAAAACAAUGUGAUAGUUAGGCGGGGUUCGCUCCCUGUUGAUUUAAAUUUAAAUAUAUGUGUAUACAGUUAUAUAACCUCUUUGAAAAACAAAAGCAAAAACCAAUAGAGGCUUUGUUCCAGUGGCUAUGUAUCCCUCACCUGUGUUCAGAAUGCAGUUUGGUUGGCACAGGUACAGGUGGGUAAGGUGGUUAAGAUUCGCCAGGAAGCCAAACUGUUUUUAAGUUACUAAAGUAUUUUGGUUGGCUACCGCUGUUAGCCAUGGAUUUAUAUCUGCCUAGAAAUUUAUUAACCCCAAAAACAUGCCCAAAACAAUUCCAGUUCUGUGGUCUAAGCAUGGCUAGGCUAUAGGGAUUCAAUUCAGGAUUUGGGGCAAAAAAGGUUCAGUUCGUGCAAUUAAUGGGCUGCAUGGAGACACUAAUUCAUUCCAAAUAAACACUGCUCCACUUUCAGUCCACUUUUUUUUUUGCAUGAACUGAUCAUUUCCUAAAGGUUUCCCUUCAAGCUGAAUGAAUUGGGUCUCGGGACAGCAGAAUACUUUGGCUUGAAGCUCAGUUUGAACCACCAGCUGCAUCCAGGUCUUGGGAGCGCUAGUCCAGGGUCUGUCCUCCAAUUGAAAAAGAGAGAGAGUACAGAUUGGCUCAGUUUCUACCAAUCAUCCCCUCCCGAAGUGGUCGGGCCACACCCAUCACCGACGGAGGUCCAAUGGGAGCCGGCGUCAUCGAGUUUAACCACUAGAUGUGUUCUCUUCCCAACUGACCAGAGAAGCUGCUGUUUCGAGCUCAAUGAAAAAAAAAAGAAGAAAAUAACCCUAUGCUCCUUCAUACUGUAGGUAGUAACCCCUAACCCCUUUAGCAACCUGCUACUGGACUGUUAACUGACUACAGCCAAUGCUAAGCCCAGUUUUUCAUACUGCCAAGAACUUAAGCCCUUAAGCAACGAAGAGCUGCUAAAAGCAAUGGAGCUACCAGCAGGCUAAUUCUUUCAGGAUACGGCCAUACGCAUCAAAGCAUCAGAGUUGUUUAUUUUUAAAUGUGUGUAAUUCCCAUGGUUUAAAGAGUCUUCAGGAGCGGCAGCAGCUACUGUAUAACUGCCCAGAGCAAACCACAAAAACGGAUUUUGACGUCGGUGGGAGCAGUCUCUGUUUCAGGUUGCUUAUUGGGGGAAGGUGUAAGGGGUGGUUCUGAUUCCCUUAUUAAGGAGGAGGACUGGUCAGUACUUGGCUUGAACCUCCAGUGAAGAUCAGGUGCUCAGUGUAUGAAGUGGGGGCUUUAUCAGAUCCCCAGCAUGGUGCUGGCAUGGGGGACACUUUGUUGAAAGUUAAACCUGAACACAGGUUAGUACAACUCUGACCCUCGCUAUACCCCCUGCUAAGGCUGGACCAAUACUCCUACUCAGUUUUCAGUUUCAUUGUGCCUCGGUACAGCAGUAAAAACGCCAGCGCCCCGGGUGAGAGGAAAAUGAACUUCCAAUAACCUUUUAAAACACAGUUAAUUGCCGUUGGUUGGUAUUCAAUUGUAAAGUUGAGGGAAGGGCAGGAUUUCUUGUUUUGAAAUCAACACAUUAGCGAAUGGAUUUAUUUUCUUCUUAAAGGCAAUUCCGAUUACAAGCUCGCCCCUACCCCCUACCCAGCUAAUUCUGAAACACUGUUCUCAUCCCCUUUAGAAUGGACAUCUCUGGAAACGCAAUGCUGCAUCUAAGUGGAUGUAUAUCCAUAUCCAUCUUUAAACAAAUAACUUUAAUAUGAAUACAAAAUCAUCCUCCCUCCUCUUGCAAAAACUCAUUAAAAAUCAGUCUUGCAGAUAGCACCGUUCGGUUUGCAACAGAUUUUAAUUUAAAACAUCUCUCUUGGUUUGUCAAGUGCAAUACGGUAAAAUAAAAAAUCAAAUGUAAUAAGAAAAAAAGACAAAUGACCCCCCCUUGACGUGACCUCUAGCUUGUACACAUCGUGUGCGCUGACCUCAUCACUGCAAUAAGUGUGCUCGCCAGAUACCCAAUAUUAUUCAUUAGGUUCGCUGUGAACUCUGCAAUGACAAAUACUCCAAUUCCAGACUGUGCCACACGCUUCACUUAACAAAGCUGGACUCCAGAACUCGCUGUACCACUGCAGGCUUUCGUGAUGGGAAGAAAUAUGAUGCCAUUAAAAGAGCUUUUCGUUCUUAUUAAUUUGGUUUUCCACAGACGCAGUGGGGAGGAUUUAUUACAGCAUUGGUUCCAGUGCAAACAGCAUUUUUUUUCACUAAAAUGAACUUUUUAAUGUUACAAAAUGUAAAUUCGAUGACAGUAGGUUGUUUGCGGAGUGUUAGUUCAGUAACAUUACUAACAUGCAAUCUGUAUGUACAGCCACCUGGACCGAUCUUGCUUCCUUCUAUACAAGUGAAUAAGACAGACCCUUUGCAUUUGCUAAACGGUUUAUUCAGGAUUCAUUGCAUUUCAUUUUUUGCCUAUUUGCUUAGUAAAUUUGCCACAGUGUGGGUAAAUAUUUACUAAAAGUAGAGGUUAGAUUAGCAGUACAGUAAACUAUAAACAAAAGUUGCCAGAUAGAAACAUUUUCACAGCACCUUUCCUCGAGCCAGGAGCAAGGGUAAAAAGGGAAAAAAAAAUUUUUUAAUCAAAAAUGAUAAGUUCAGCUACACAAUGAGCUGGAGAGGAGUGAAACGGAUAGGUAGGAAUGCUUAGGGAGUGCUAACUAACACAGAUCCUAGAAUCAUCUAGAAAGGCUGUAAACCCAGUCUGAUACAAAUCAAAUCCUUUUCCAUGAAGCGUGUUUCUUUCACACCCCAGAAUUAUAAACAAGCCUAACGCACAGCACAGCAGCCAAGCAACUGAAUUCAUUUAUUUAGCUGCGUGUCCUUUAAACAGAGCCCAGGUGAUCCAAGCUCGAUUCUGUCCCCUUUGCUAUUGAUUGUCCUUCACAAACCCAGACCUCCUGCUUGCCAAAGCUCCUGUGUGUUUUCUAAUUCCAGGACUGGGAUACUUUUUACUGUGUCUGCAAGCAAAGAGAUCAUUUGUUUCCAGUAAGCUCAUGCAUAAUGGAAGACCCUAAUGCAAGCGCACCUGAUAGACUCAGCUAGCCCCACCUGUGUCCCUGCUGCAUGAGAGAGGAAGAGCAAAUACUACCAACAGUGCCACCUGCUGGGCAUCACGGAUCACUAUCCCUGAGGAUGCUGGGAAAUGUAGUUCUGCUGUGUAGCAGCUCUAACUGGCCACUGCAGCUGUCAAUCAAAGUGGAGAUAUAGCCCAGAGUGAAUCUCAAAUUACUGAAAAUCAGCUACUCAUUUUGAAGGUGUAUGUUUUAAAUCUAUCAGUAAUAUUAUCAUUAUUGUGAGAUGUAGCAGUCUGUCCAUGAGAGUGCCAUAUUAUGCAGCAACAGUUAAUUCAUAUAUCUAUAUUUUUAAACAACUUUUUAAAAUGAGUUAUUGUCUAUUUCUUUAAUGUGUAGUGAAGGUAAUUUCCAGUUAAAUUUCUAAAUAAUAAUUUAAAAAAACCUGAAACCCACAAGCCAUGAUAUGACCAUUGCUGGCAUCCCUGUUCAGUCUAAUCCAGCACCACAAGUUAAGGGAAGUCAUUUAUUUAGGGGACUGACACAGUAUAAUUUACAUUUUUCAGAGCAGCUAGGAAUAAAUGGGUUAAGAAGAGGAAGAAAUCAAGUGGGAUGGGCGCCAGGAAGAUUGAAUGCCACUGAAGCCUGUAAAUGAAAUAUUCAAACAUUACUACAGGAGACGAGCGACUAUUUCAAAGCACAUUCCCUCAGUACUGACCUGCACUGAAGUCACUCCCAAGGAAAAUGCUUGAAGAUCAGGCAGCACCGAAAUGACACUUCAGUGGAGUGGCUUUUAAUGUCCUUCGCAGUUAGGUGUGAAAUCGCCCUUGUAAAGGCAAGUGUCCUGUUGGAUUCCAGGUAGUAUGGCGAGUAUUUCCAAUUGAACCCAGUUCUGAUCAGCAUACACAAAGUAUGGUUUGUGGUUCAAGGGCAGCCCUUUCCAUUCAAUGCAAUGGGCUGAGAGCUGCCAAUUCAUUACACUAUGCAGCUUUAUCAUUGAACAAUUACACUGUGAUGAUUUUCCUAAAUGUCUCCGGCUAGCUGUCAAACUCAAACAAAACCUACAAGCAGUGGUCAGUUUAUUUAGUCGAUUACAGGACACGGUGCCUGGCCAUUUGGGUAAGGGACCAACCGUUAGAACCAGAGGGGCGAGGCACCCAUUCUUAUUAAUAAACUCUUAAAGCGAGUCCCGUGUACAGCAUCAUUACAACACACACAGAGUUAGCACAGCUUUUGUUAUUCAGUGUCUUUUUAAGAAAAACGCAAUAAUGAUAGCAGCACCCGAACUUGAAUCCUUGGUUUGGUCAAAAGGAGGCAGUUUACUGCAUAAGGAAAUGGCCAUUAUCAAGCUACCAGAUUAAAUAUUCACAGCUGUUCACUUUAAGGCAGGGAGGCGGUGUAGGAAAGUGUAAUUAACAUCUCUGUCUGGAGUUUAUACAAUUAAGCAUUGCUUCCGUUCGGAAGACCAUCAUGACUGUACACAAAGAAACAUGAAUACAUCGCUGAGUGCACCACAUGCAAAGCAGAGCUCUCAUACACACUAUCAGAGUAUGAUGAUGCAAUCACAGGGGCUUCAAAGAGUAGCAUGCGUUAGGUAUCCCAUGUACUGUAUAACGCUAUACUCACAGACUGCACAUAGUGUCAUGUAAUAAGAAUUAGUUGCAGGGUUAAAUUUGCAUCAGCAUUUUAUUUUUGUAUUCCUCAAUUGUUAUUUUAGUAGUCAUUUUUGAGCAAUUGCUGUAUAUUUUUUUAAAUGUUAACAAUUCUCAUUGCCUGGCGUUAUGCAUAGUGGUUCCAAGUGCCAGUACAGGACGCAUUGCAUCUCUGGUGAGUGUCGCUCUAAUGGGAGUGAUAUGGACUUCUUUAAUGCCACCAGUACAAUGCUGGUCUGUUGAGCCGCUGUAUUCACUUAUUUAAAAUGGACAAAUGUGAAAUGUGUGGCGGUCUAAUUUAAGAUUUUUAAUUUACUAAGAAAAAAAACUAAAAUAAUUUGUGGGCAAUCGCCUUCUAAAGCAACAUUUAUAACUUGCAGCAGACCUUCUGAGUAGUAUUUGGAUGGUAUCCUAGUGUGCGAAGAGUGAGUGGAGAAUUGUAAUGCUUUUAAAGGAUGUGUGAAGCUCUGCUUUUUGACCGUCUAGUGCGAAUGUCGCUGUAUUUUGAUGGGACUUUUACUAUUUUACGCUAACUAAUGAUAUUAUCUGGUAAUCUGGUAAAAGAAGAUAAAGAAUGGAACGACUUCUUAUAAUAACCAUUGCAGCCGUAAUCUCAGUAUCUCUGUAGCCUUUUUGUGUUGAAUGUAUGUAAAUGAUGUAAAAGAUCAAAUGCAGUGUAAAUUAAAAUCUUUAAAAAGGGAAACAAUGUUAACUGAUGAAUGAUGUUUGCUGCGUGUGCGUGUGUGGCGUGUGGCGUGUGCCAGUGCUGGCCGUGCUUUCAUACCCCACUUGGUUCCUGUUUCUUACUGGCGUCCAUUCAAAAGUGACCCAGAGCGAUUUGCGUUUCCAUUAUCUACAGAAAGUGGGCUGCAAAACUGUUCUGUGAAACUGAACUUUGAAGUUUUCAAAUUGAACUUGAGUUUCCCAGGCUUGGCAUCUGCUCCUGUCUGUCAAAAUCAGCCUCACCCCCUUAUACGAUUUCCCCCAAUCAGAAUCUGCGACAGCCCUUCAGUGGGCAGGCGUAGGAGGCGGCCUGUUCUUUGUAGUCAACCCAGGAUUGUGAGUCGUUGGCUGCACAUGGAUUGCUCCUUCACCAACAUGGCGCCCUGUGCACAAAAAAGAGACCAUCUAUGUCAUAUACAUGUCCUACCCCAUUGUAUUAUAUGAAGAAGGGUGCUGGUUGUUUUUCUUUGUCUGCCCCCAGUCUUGCUGCUGAUUCCUAUUCCAGCACUUUGUCAGUUUAUUCCCUAAGCUUGGAUCCUUUUGGGUGAGGUGCAGGGUGCUGGUGGAAACUGAAAAUCAGUAGCCCCACCUAGAGCAGGUCUGCUACUCCUACACAACCUCCCACUCCUGACUGCUUUCUGCUGGUGCAUGUUUUAGCCGUGCAAAACUAUAGCUGUAUUAAACAGCAAAAAAAUCAGAAUCUCGGUCAAGCCCAAAAUGGCUCAUUUGUUUCCAGGAGGCUCGUGCCUGAUGGAAGACCCCAGUGCAAGCACACCUGGUCGACCCAACAUUUUUAGACUAUGAUUCCAGCUGCGCUCUGCAAAGGGUGUCCAAAUUUCUCUCCAGUCUAUUCCCAAGGGAAAACUUUGUUUUUGUCCUUGCAUAGGACUCUCUCUCGCUCCAGCAGAUUUUAAACUACUGCCCUCUGAAACUGCAACCUACCAGUAUAAUUCAAACAGUCUGACUCAUUGACACUGUGUUUUCUUCAGUCUACAUAGUACUGCAGUCUCUAGAUGUCCGAAGCUUUUGCUCAUAACAAAGUUUACUGCAUUGUUAGUUAACAAAACGGAAGACACUGUAUUUCCAAGUGUCUCCGUUUCUAAUAGUAACUAUUACAGUAUUGCUAUUAUUAUUAUUUUAAAUAUUGCAUUCAAAAUCAUUUAUACAGAACUGAUGAGUUUUUAAACACAUCACUCUGAUCUAAUACAAAGAGCAAAGACUAUGAGUCAUCAUGCUAAAAACAUUCAGAUAUUAUCUUACUGCGGUGUUUGGGCAAUGCCCUGCUGUGACCCGUGCGUCACGGACGUUAGAUAUGUCACCUCGUACUGCAUCGGUUUAGGAUUUCAUGCUUCAAAACCACAGUGUUUUAGAGUAGGAACACCCCAGCUGAAACUCUUAAUAAAACACCAACGUCUGCACCAAUAGAAACCAAUCCAAGGUCUGUGAUGGAAGCGUCUGGAAUCCUCACAAGGGUCAUUCAUUCACUCUUAUCUUCCUGGACCCCAGUGCAGCAGUAGCCAGAGAUACAUCUCCGCUCAUAGUUCUGACCUCACCUGCCGGUGGCGAUUUCCAUCUGCACAGUUCAAAUCUAGCAGAAGAUGAGGCCGGCAGUGAAGGAUGCCAGCUGUUAAAAGACACAAAUACGACUGCCAGGGUGUCCAGGAUAUGAAGAGUUCCUGCCAGGGUAUAUGGAGUUGAGCUGCAGUGUUCAGGACAGUUAGAUUGUGUUUUUUCGUUAUGCAGAACUUCCUGUUCAGUGGCAACUUAACUUUUUAUUCUCCCGGCUUCAGGGCUCACAAUCAAUGUGUUCUGUUCUGGGGGCGCUAAGACUAAUGAUCUGUGUGCAGCUGAACCCCAUGUCUCCAGCAUGCCUUUUGCAAAAUGUACACAGUACACUGUACUGCACAUCAUACGUCGUAAAUGCACAGUGUGGCUGGGGUAACAUUUUAUUUAUAUUGUGGGGCAAAUCUAUAUGGUGUACACGUCUAUUGUGACACAUUGCAUGUGCAGUACCUAUAGAUAUCAGUGCAGUGCAAAGGGCAUGCCAGUGAGUCCGGUCCAAUUACUGGCUGCACAGGGGGGCACACAUCUUGGUCUGGUACGGUGUGUGUGUUAAAGACCAAGCACAGUACCUUCGGGGAAAGGCAAGCUGUUAUUGUAUUAGAGAGGUCUGCACCUGUAGUCUUAGAACAUUCUCAACGGCCUCCCAUGCAGAUUUGUAGUAUCUUAUAGGCUGCAGUGCCAACAGCCUCCAUUGUGACACAAUACAGCAUUCUAGAUUCUGGUGUGGAAAGAGUUUGUUUUCUGGUAUUCCUUAUAAAGGUCCUGGGGCUCACAUUGCCAGAACCAUCCUACCUGUCAGCAUCUUACCUAAAGUUAGAACGUCGAAUUCCUCAAGUUUAGGAAACGCUAUGUAACAGAAUACAGAGUAGGUUUUGCAAACCGUUUAAAAAAAAAAAGACAAUUUUGCUGACAAAGGAUUUUCUAAUUGAAUCUGGCAUUUGUUGCUUGUACGUAGAAUUCUGUUUCUCUGUUGCAAUAAUUGAAUGUUUGCGUUGUACUCGUUUGUAUCGUCUGUUCCGCGUGUUGUUUUCCUGUGCCUUUGCCUUUGCCUUUCCUGCUGUGUUCAGUCAAUCCUAAAAAACAAAACUCAUCUACAAUAUAAAACUUGUCAUAUGAAAAAAAAAAAUUGUACAAUCAGGCAAGUUUGGAUUUUGUUCUGUAAUGUGCCCCCCCACCCACGCUCUUUAAGCCACAAGCUACACACCACAGUACCCUUAACUACACUGAGCUACUUGAACCCACAUCCUCCUGCACCCAGGUCUGGAGCCUCAACACUCAAGCUUCUUUUCCUGUGCCCCACUUAAAGAGGUGUGUGCACUACAGACCUGGUUGAAAUCUUAACAGAAUCCCGUCACAGAGGGUCAAUAGCUGCACUGAUGUCUGGUAUGACUGCAGCGUUUGGUAGGUCAACUAUUUCUAAUAAAUACUAGAAAAUGCAAUUAUAAAAUGUAUGGUAAUAAUGGCAUCAAACCCCUUCAGAAAGUCAUGCAGUAAUCAUUGUGCAAUAAAACAUGAGAGCAUUGGCAUAUUAA